UAUUUUACCAAAAAUAACCGUGAAGCUCUUCAAAAAUAAUUCAUAGUAUUAACAAAAGAUAAAAAUGAAGAAUGGCAGACAUCUGUGAUACCAACUUUGUUAAGGAACUUCAACGCUAAAAAAACAUGGCAAUAACACAUGAGCCUUCCAAUUUUCCUUGGUGCAACUAUAAGUCCAUAAUGUGAUGACAAAACUUCCCGAAACUCUUUCAGUUCCUUUUUUAUUCAGCUGUUGACGACGAUAAAAUACAGAUCAUCGCAUACAGUUCCGGUUCCUUUUUUUAUGUAGGUAAUAAACGUUGACGACGGUUAGUUUCUAGUGUGUAGAACAAAUUUGACAACCAACCAGUGUAGGGUGCAAUCUUGGAAGCUAUUUGGGUUUUAAUGUUUUUUGACGACAACGUUUCUCUAGUAUGAGGGUGUUUUCCACGCAGAUAAACUAAUUCUAUUUACAACAUAACUCUGACAAUUUAACGUUGUAGUCUUCGAUACUCUAGACCGUGAUUUGGGUGGAGGUUUCUGACAACGUUUUCUCUAGUAUGAGGGUGAUUUCCAUGCUGAUAACCUAAUUCAAUUCACAGCACUCUGACGACAUUGUAGUUUGGUAUCGCACACUGGACGUGAUUUGGGUUUGGCGGGUUUUUGACUACGUUUUCUCUAGUAUGAGGGUGUUUUCUACGCCGAUCGUUUAACCUAACCUAACAAACAGGAAGUGUGGUGAUUUUUAUAUGUGUGAGGUGUUAGAGUGUGAGUGACAAUGUUCAGAACUAAGGUGCGUAUGCACACGUUCAAAGUGAUCCUGCUGACGUCACUGGUGUGGUUUCUGAUUGACGUCAUUGUGCUGACGUUCUACACGGACUGCAUGGGCCGCGGAUGCGGGAAGGCGGGUGACGAGGCGGCGGUUGAUAGUGAAGCUGCGACGGAGUUCCCGCAAGCGGCAGCGGGACUGGAGGCGGGGAAACGCCUCUACCAGAGCUGGGAGCUGCGGCGCUGGAACCCCGUGCCUCCAGUGAGGGAGCAGUUCGGCAAGCCUGGAGAAAUGGGCAAGGCGGUGUCCAUUCCGGCCGACCAGCACGAUCUCAUGAAGGAGAAGUUUAAACUCAAUCAGUUCAACCUGUUGGCCAGCGACAUGAUUUCGUUGAACAGGUCGUUGACCGAUGUUCGCCAGGAGGGAUGCAAGGACAAGGUGUACCCUGGUAAGCUGCCGACCACGUCCAUAGUGAUAGUUCACAACGAGGCCUGGUCGACUCUGCUGCGCACCGUCUGGAGUGUCAUCAACCGAUCGCCCCGCCCCCUCCUCAAGGAGGUCAUCCUUGUCGACGAUGCCAGCGACAGAGAACACCUUGGCAAGCGGCUGGAGCGGGAGACAGCGCUGCUGCCGGUGCCGGUGCGGGUGUUCCGCACUGAACGGCGGUCCGGGCUGAUUAGGGCGCGCCUGCUGGGUGCCAAACACGUGAAGGGGCAGGUCAUCACAUUCCUCGAUGCGCACUGCGAGUGCGCAGAAGGCUGGCUCGAACCGCUGCUCGCCAGGAUUGUCGAGGAUCGGAAAACAGUGGUGUGUCCUGUCAUCGAUGUGAUAUCGGACGAAACGUUCGAGUACAUCACAGCGUCGGACAUGACUUGGGGUGGUCAACUGGAACUCAACUUCAGAUGGUACCGAGUGCCUCAGCGAAUGGACCGUCGAGGAGGGGAUCGUACCGCCCCCCUGCGCACCCCCACAAUGGCGGGUGGCCUGUUCUCCAUUGACAAGGAGUACUUCUACGAGUUGGGCUCCUAUGACGAGGGCAUGGACAUCUGGGGAGGCGAGAAUCUUGAAAUGUCGUUUCGGGUCAUCGAGGCCACGACCGUAGAGGACUGUUUUGGUGACGCCAUCAGACAGAAAAGUACAAAGGAAAUACCAUUUCCAAUUGUUUUCUUUGGUUCCAUUACAACUGCGUUAUGGUUUGUCUACGGCCGGAUCAUUGGAAAACCUAUAAUACAGAUUCAGACAGGCAUGGCAUUUAUUGUAUUCAGUGGUCAACUAAUGUUAUUCUUCAUAUAUCCUGCUGUCGACGUCAAAAAGAAAGAAUAAAUCAGUAUUUAUAAAAAA